AUGGGAUUUCAAAUGAGUAAAAAUUUAAAAGCAGACACUGACGUCGACGCUAGCUCCCGAAUAUCAGAAAAUACCAAAAUCGGUAACAGACUCAGUUCCCAAAAUUCCAACCAGGUCAAAGAUGAAGCUUCUUUUCAGUCAAAGGUCGCUAGACUAAGCAUAUGCGAAGAUGAGGAAUCGCGAAAAAUAAUAAUUAAAGAUGUCCUAGGUCUUGAUAAAAAGUCUAGUGAAUCGCUGCUCGACGACAGUAAAAAUGAUGGGUUGUCUUCGGUGGCACCACAGGACCAGAUGGCAGGAUCCAAGAGAAGAAGAAGACGAUCCAGUGGAAUAUCCCGUCCAAGCCUCGCACAAUUGAAAGACAGCAACGGCGAAGUGCCCUCGUCCUCGUCGUCGGUAGUUGUUCCCAAAAAGAAAAAGAAGGCAUCGCAGUCGGCCAAGCUCACUGUCGAUCAAAAAGCUCUUCAAAAACGUGUUUCCAUAAAAGACCUUCGAGAUCUAGUUCUGUAUCUAUUCAAUGACACCAACAAUGCUCCAAGCUGGAUACAGGUCGAAAACAGAUCUGCCAUAAAGAAAGUCAUUGUUUUGUUUGUUCCAGGUUUGCUGCCAGAGGACUUCGAGGAAAACACCAAGCACACUCUCAGCGACAACUCCACAAAUGCGCGGGCCACCUCGCUAAUCUCUCUCAAUGACCCAGAACUGUUAGAUGCAGUGCAACGCGUGCCCGUAACAGCACCUGGGUCAAAGAACACACUUUACUCGGCUUACAAUUCAUUUGUAAACGUAGGACUGAGCAAAAAAGAGAAAGAGGAAAAAAAGCAAGAGCUCAGUAAAAAGAAGAUAACAUUGGAUGAUUUGGUACUUCGAAUUGAUCAACUCGUCGAGAACGAAUACCCUAUUCAUCAAGAUACUCCUGGCUUAAGUGCGGAAGAGAUCGAAUUACUAACUGCAAAACAUACAGAUCUAGGUUCUUUAUGGAAAGACACUCGGUAUUUCGAACAUGAAGGCUCUCGUACUUUUUCCAUGGACUGUGAAAUGUGCAUGUCAGAAAACGGGCUCGUUCUUACACGUGUAAGUGUGGUGAAUUUUAAUUGCGAACUCGUCUACGACAGUCUUGUAAAGCCAGACGUACCCAUCACGGACUAUCUCACCAAAUACAGUGGUAUCACUGAGGAAAAGCUUGACGGCGUGACGACAACUCUGCAAGAUGUUCAGUCCGACAUCUUAAAACUGAUCAGUUCUACCGAUAUUCUUAUUGGACACUCUUUACAGUCUGAUCUAAACGUUUUGAAGUUAAGACAUCCCAAGAUUGUUGAUACUGCAAUUAUUUAUGAACACAAAGCCGGUCCACCCUUCAGACCAGCAUUGAAAUACCUUGCGUCUGAAUAUUUGGAUCAGGAAAUCCAAAAUGAUGAAGGGCUCGGACAUGACUCGUUUGAAGAUGCUAGGGCCUGUAUGGAGCUUACCAAAUUGAAGAUUGUCAAUGGUUUGGCUUUUGGGGUCGGUAUCAACACCGAAAACCUCUUUCAUAGACUCGCCAAAAAUGGGAUAAGAAGCAUGUCUCUAAACGACUAUGCUCCAAGGACAAAAGAGCUGACUCUCACGGCGAAGACCAUGGAAACAAGCGUGAGGUGUCAGAAUGAUGACCAAAUUUUUGAAAAUAUUUCUGAACACAUGGAGGACUUUAAUUUGUUCGUGGGGAGGUUAAGAGAUCUAGAGUUUGGAAGAGAGUUUGCUGUGCCGUCAACGCCAAAUCUUAAAAGAUUAGACGCAUUGGCUGCCAGAAACAAUUUCGCGCGGAGACUGCAGGAGCUCUAUCGUCAAAGUCCCCCCUCCACUGUUUUUCUCGUCUGUUCAGGUAGUGGAGACACUCGAGAUUGGACGAAAAUAAUGGGUGAGCUCAACAAGAUGAAUAAGGAUGAAAGAAAUGAGGUAAAGAAACAGAGAGAAGCUGAAAUACAAGCAGCAGUUUCUAAGGCCAGGGAUGCACUACUUCUUGCAAUGACCAAACAGGAAGAAUCGCGUACUGUCUAA